CGCGGGGGGCCGGGACCGGGGGGCCGGGGCCCUGCGCGCCGCCUUCCCGCCUGCGCCCACCUGUCCCUGGGACCGGGCGGAGCGGGGACGCGGGGGGCCCGCACCCCAGGAAGCGGGCGGGCCGGCAGCGCCUUCUCCCCCGCAGGUGAUGCGCGAGGCCGGGAGAAGGGAAGGUUCGCGCCGCCGCCGCCGCCGCCGGGGCCUCGGGAGCGAGUGACACGCGUGCCGCGGCAUCGCCAUGAACACGAGCGUUCCUUAUCAGCAGACUCCCUACAGUCCCCGGGGCAGCUCCAAUGUCAUCCAGUGCUACCGCUGCGGAGACACCUGCAAAGGGGAGGUGGUUCGAGUCCACAACAACCACUUCCACAUCAGAUGCUUCACCUGUCAAGUGUGUGGCUGUGGCCUGGCCCAGUCGGGCUUCUUCUUCAAGAACCAGGAGUACAUCUGCACGCAGGACUACCAGCAGCUCUACGGCACGCGCUGCGACAGCUGCAGGGACUUCAUCACCGGCGAGGUCAUCUCCGCGCUGGGCCGCACCUACCACCCCAAGUGCUUCGUGUGCAGCCUGUGCCGGAAGCCCUUCCCCAUCGGAGACAAGGUGACCUUCAGUGGGAAAGACUGUGUGUGCCAGACCUGCUCCCAGUCCAUGACCAGCAGUAAGCCCAUCAAGAUCCGGGGACCCAGCCACUGCGCUGGGUGCAAGGAAGAAAUCAAGCACGGCCAGUCGCUGCUGGCUCUGGACAAGCAGUGGCACGUCAGCUGCUUCAAAUGCCAGACCUGCGGCGUCAUCCUCACCGGGGAGUACAUCAGCAAGGACGGAGUCCCCUACUGCGAGGCCGACUACCACUCCCAGUUCGGCAUUAAGUGUGAGACCUGUGACCGGUACAUCAGCGGCAGGGUCUUGGAGGCGGGCGGGAAGCACUACCACCCCACCUGUGCCAGAUGUGUGCGCUGCCACCAGAUGUUCACCGAAGGGGAAGAGAUGUACCUCACAGGUUCGGAGGUGUGGCACCCCAUCUGCAAGCAAGCAGCGCGGGCAGAGAAGAAGCUGAAGCAUAGACGGACAUCUGAGACUUCCAUCUCCCCCCCUGGGUCCAGCAUCGGGUCCCCCAACCGCGUCAUCUGCGCUAAAGUGGAUAAUGAGAUCCUUAAUUACAAAGACCUGGCAGCCCUCCCCAAGGUGAAGUCCAUCUACGAGGUGCAGCGCCCCGACCUCAUUUCCUAUGAGCCUCAUUCCAGAUACACGUCCGACGAGAUGCUGGAGCGAUGCGGCUACGGAGAGUCGCUGGGAACAUUGUCUCCUUACUCCCAGGACAUCUAUGAGAACCUGGACCUCCGGCAGAGAAGAGCCUCCAGCCCGGGCUACAUCGACUCCCCCACCUACAGCCGGCAGGGCAUGUCCCCCACCUUCUCCCGUUCACCCCACCACUACUACCGCGCAGGGCCCGAGAGCGGCCGGAGCUCUCCGUACCAUAGCCAGUUAGACGUGAGGUCCUCCACCCCGACCUCUUACCAGGCGCCCAAGCACUUUCACAUCCCAGCUGGAGAAAGUAAUAUCUACCGGAAGCCCCCAAUCUACAAACGGCACGGUGAUUUGUCCACAGCAACCAAGAGCAAAACAAGCGAGGACAUCAGCCAGGCUUCCAAAUACAGCCCUGCCUACUCGCCGGACCCCUACUACGCCUCGGAGUCGGAGUACUGGACCUACCAUGGGUCCCCUAAAGUGCCCCGGGCCAGAAGGUUCUCGUCUGGAGGAGAGGAGGAUGACUUUGACCACAGCAUGCACAAACUCCAGAGCGGCAUCGGCCGGCUGAUCCUGAAGGAGGAGAUGAAGGCGCGCGCCAGCUCCUACGCGGACCCGUGGACCCCGCCGCGGAGCUCCGCCAGCAGCCGGGAGGCCCUGCACACCGCGGGCUACGACCUGUCCCUCAACGGCUCCCCGCGCUCUCACUACCUGGCUGACAGUGAUCCCCUCAUCUCCAAAUCCGCCUCCCUGCCUGCCUACCGGCGGAACGGGCUGCACCGGACGCCCAGCGCGGACCUCUUCCAUUACGACAGCAUGAACGCCGUCAACUGGGGCCUGCGCGAGUACAAGAUUUACCCCUACGAGCUGCUGCUGGUGACCACGCGGGGGAGGAACCGGCUGCCCAAGGACGUGGACCGCACCCGCCUGGAGCGCCACCUGUCCCAGGAAGAGUUCUACCAGGUGUUCGGCAUGACCAUCUCCGAGUUCGAGCGCCUGGCGCUGUGGAAGCGGAACGAGCUGAAGAAGCAAGCCCGGCUGUUCUAGCGGGCCGGGACACGGGCGCGCCCCACGCCGGGGUGUGGAGCCCCGCAGCCCUGGCGCCCGCGGGACGCACCCCCUGCCACGCCGCUCGCUUUCCCGUGCCGCCGUCGGGGUAUCCCUACGCUCCCCGCUCCUCCCCUCGCCGGGGGGCGCUGCACUGCGGGGGGCGAGGUCUCGGGGCUCCGCCCCGCGCCCAGGGUCUUUUUAUACUCACGCGUCUGCCCAGCCCCCCAGCCCCCCGGGGCCCGGCCCGCCGCCCUUGAGCAGCGCCUGCAGAAACCUCUGCGCUCCGCCGCUGGGCGCUGCCCCCCCACCCGCACCCCGGCUCCGGGGCUGGCGGGGAGCCCCGGGGGGGGGCCCUCCCGUGGGAGCUCCACGGUGGUCCACCCCCCCCCCGCCAGGGAGCACCUCUGGGCGCUCACGGGGCGCUCUCCCCACACUCCUGAUCGGGGAGCGGAGCAGCUCGAGGUGUGCACGCGCCGGUGACCCCCGGUGACCCCUCGGGGGCCCCCCUCCCCCUCCCCCCGCCCUUGAUCAUGACCUCCCCCUUGUCCAAGUCUAGGAUUCAUAUUAGGAACAGGACAGAGGCACUUCCUUCCCCUCUGCCAAGCUGUGCGGGG